AUGGCUGCUCGAGGGGGGGUGAAUGUUGUGCACUUUACUCGCAGCAGCCCCUCCUACUCCUGGCACACACCACCCAACUCUAACACACGUCUGGUGCGCUUGGAACAAAAGAAUGAAACCUUUUUGGACAGGGGCAUCUAUGACGACGGCCCUUUUGAAACGGGAGAUGAGAGGAAUAGGAACGCUAACUUGGUCCCCGCUCCUUCCAACAGCUACCUGGGCUUCUCUCUGGACUCAGGGAAGAGUCUGAUUAAGCAGGGUGAGUUGACGGUGGUGGCUGGAGCUCCCAGAGCUAACCACAGUGGAGCGGUGGUGCUGAUGAAGACAGAAGGAUACAACAGUAUGUCAGAAGAGUACACCCUAGAAGGGGAAGGGCUGGCCUCGUCUUUCGGCUACGAUUUGACCGUGCUGGAUCUCAAUAAUGAUGGUUGGCAGGACAUAGUGGUGGGAGCACCACAGUACUUUGAGAAGGACAAGGACAUCGGAGGAGCCGUCUACGUCUACGUCAACAAACUGGGAAAGUGGAACACAGUCAAGUCCAUCAGAAUAGACGGACCAAAGGACUCCAUGUUCGGCCUGGCUGUGGAAAACCUGGGAGACAUCAAUCAGGAUGGUUACCAUGAUUUUGCAGUGGGAGCUCCUAAUCAGGGAGCAGGACAUGUGUACAUCUACCAUGGACUAGCCUCAGGUGUCAUCUCCAAAGAUGCUUCACAGAUUCUGUCCACCAAGGCUUUAGGAGUGAAGAUGUUCGGCUACUCUCUGGCAGGCAACAUGGACCUGGAUAAGAACGCCUACCCUGACCUGGCCGUCGGGUCCCUCUCUGACUCCGUCUUUGUCUACAGAGCCCGUCCAGUUAUAAACAUCCAAAAGGAAGUUAAGUUCACACCAAAGGAAAUCAACCUCACAGAGAAGAACUGUGGCGAAAACUUCUGCUUGACUAUCGAGGCAUGCUUCACCUUCACUGCAGAGCCCAAGAGUUACGCUCCCAGACUGACGGUGGCGUACUCCCUCGAGGCGGACGCUGACCACAGGAAGAAGCUUUUGAACCCCAGGGCGGUCUUCAAAGACGGCUCUGAGAAUAGCUACAAGUCAACAGGGACGAUCACCAUGGACACCAAAGGAAAGAAACAGUGCAUUACCAGAAAGCUUAUGAUUCAGGACAAUAUUAAAGACAAGCUGCGCGGGAUCCCCAUCGAUGUGUCCGUGGUUAUCCAGGAUGGAAACCGUAAACGCCGACAGAGCUCGACCGGUCAGCUGGCGCCUGUCCUGGAUGCCAAGGAGUCGCCGAAUAUGCGAUCUGAGGUCAGUUUCCUGAAGGAAGGUUGUGGAACUGACAAUAUCUGUCAGAGCAACCUGCAGGUGACAUUUCGCUACGGCUACAGGACAACAGACGGCGACACGUUCACUCCAUUAGAACUGGAGGGUAGCGUGCCGGUGUUUUCGCUCAGCAACCAGAAGGACAUCGCUUUGGAGGUUACAGUUACCAAUUUAAGUGGAGACGAUGCACACGAAGCCUCUGUGCUCGCCAGCUUCCCCCGCUCCCUCACCUACUCUGCUUACCGUAAUCUAAAAGAUGUGGCGCAGGUAUCCUGUAUGGCCAAUAAAGACGGUUCUGAGGCUGAUUGUGAGCUUGGAAACCCCUUCAAACGUGACGCACAGACGACCUUCUUCAUUCUCCUGGGUACAUCGGGCAUCACUUCGAACACUACCGACCUGGAGAUUGUUCUUCAGCUAAACACAACAAGCAACCAGGAUAAAUUAGCCUCUGUUAAAGCAAAGGCAAAGGUGGCUAUCAUGUUGCAGCUGUCUAUAUCGGGACUAGCCCAGCCAUCUCAGGUCUACUUCUCAGGAAAGUCCAAGGGUGAGACGGCCAUUAAGUCUGAGAGUGAAAUGGGCACUGCCAUCACACAUCGGUUCAGUAUAAUCAAUCUGGGGAAGAGCUUGAAAGACUUUGGCACUGCCACCCUUGACAUCGACUGGCCGAAAGAGACAGAGGAUGGGAAGUGGCUGCUGUACCUGAUGAAGAUCAGCGCCACCGGAGUGGACCGGCUAGACUGCACUCCUAAAGAAGAGAUCAACCCUCUUAGCAAGGAGCCAAGUAAAACCAGGAAGAGAAGAGAAACAGAAAACACUCUGGGAAUUAAGGAGGGCACUAUCUCACAUUUACUUGACGGGAAGAAAUCUAAAACUCUGUCUUGUGGCAAAGGGGCAACAUGUGUAAGGAUAACGUGCCCCCUGCGGGGCAUGAACAGUAAUGCAGUCUUCACUCUAAACUCUCGCCUCUGGAACAGCACCUUCAUAGAGGAAUAUUCCACACUCCAUCUCGUGGAAGUGAUUGUUACGGCCUCCCUGAAUGUCGAUAGCAGAGCAAAGAACACAGUGCUGAAAAAUGCUGAGUUUCCGCUGAAACUGACGGUGUUCCCAGAGAGGCGUGAAGCUCAGUAUGGAGGCGUGCCGUGGUGGAUCAUCGUGCUGUCCAUCCUGUUCGGGCUGCUGCUGCUGGCCCUGUUGGCUUUCCUUCUGUGGAAGUGUGCAUUUUUUAAGCGUGCCAAAUAUGAAGACAAGGUUCCAAGUUACAACGCUGUUCGGAUAAGACGGGAGGAGAGAACGCCAAACCCUGUGACUGAUAACUGGGAAAAAGUGGAAAAGAAGCCCUGGAUGACAACCUGGCACGACAAAGAACAUUUUUCCCAACAGUGAGAUCUGAUCCACACAGAUAUCCUGUUUUUAUACUGAUGAACUCGCAUUUUCACAAAUUUCCCCCGCCUUGUCUUUGUACAACGUGGAUUGUAAAUAACACAGUAAAUAAUUGGUUAAAAGAGACAAAAACAUUUGUAAGACUAAAUUCUUGAUCAAGCUUCUGCCUCAGGGGUUGAAUUGCUCUCGGACAGUCUGUAUAAAUCACUGGAAGGAGAGUUGCAUUGGGGGAGAUCUUCCUGCACAACUGCUGUCCGUCAGAGCUUUGUUUUGUACAUUUACUUUUACUUUGUACAUUCACAGUGUUGACUUUUGGGGGUGGGGGGGCUGGACAGAGGGAGCUUUUUUUAUUAAAUGGUUAGCAGAAUUGUUUUCUAUUUAUUCUUGGUGAGGAGUACUUAAUGUUACGUGCCCUACAGGCCAAAGAGUCAUUUGAACAAACACAGCCAAUUUCAACAAAUCUGUGUUUUUCACCAUUUAAAAAUAAUAAUUUCUACAGUGCAUCUUCCUAAACUGUUGAUCAUUAAUGCCUUGGGUUGUACAUAGAGUUUUCCAGGACUCGUUUUGAAUGUACUACUUCCCCGCUGAAUUCAUUUUCUAUUCACUGGCUGUAAAAUGGGAAGCGUGUGAACGCGAACAAAAGAGUUUCUUGAAUAAAUAAAUGUUGUCAUGUCAA